AUGGCUGAAAUUAUACGACAGAUAUUUGCAGUCGCCGGUCAAAAUUUCGAAGACGUGCGCUAUUCUUUUGAGGAAUGGCCGAAGCACAAAGCUGAAAUGCCGUUCGGUCAGAUGCCAGUGCUGGAGGUCGACGGCAAGAAACUUUCGCAAUCCUUCGCCAUCGUUCGCUACCUGGCAAGGAAGUUUGGCUAUGCUGGCAAGAGCGCCUGGGAGGAGGCAGUGGUCGAUUCGGUCGGUGACCAAAUCAAGGAUUACAUCUACGAGAUACGUCCCUUCGUUAGGGCAGCGGCAGGACUUGCUCCCGGUGACGCGGAGGCCCUGAAGAAAGACGUGUUUUUGCCAGCCCGCGAGAAGUUCUUCACAUUCAUGGAGAAAAUUCUGAAAAACAACAAAACUGGUGAGUCGGAGUUGCAGAAUAAGUUAUGA